CCCCAUUUGCCGGUUUACUUUUGCGAUAUGACGGAUCACAAAACCCAUAUCCGUCGCCUCCGACGUCUUCCCUAAACCAUCCGGCGAUCUCCCAGUACCCUCACAUACUCUACCGUCGAGCACGCCGUCUAAGUCACUGCCACGCCCCGGUGCCGGCCGCCCAGCCUGAAACUUGCUGCUAAUGUCGCCGGAGAGACACGUUUGGCCGCAGUUUCGCCGUUAAACCUAUCCGUCGCCGCCUCUUUGCUGCACGAGCACUUUUUCGCUUCCCACUGUGGCAGUUUGAAUUAAGUAUGGAGAAUGACAGUACUGGGAAUGCCAUGGUUCUCACAGAAGUGGGUUGGUAUGUUCUUGGGCCGUGUGCAGAACAACUAGGGCCUUAUGUUCUUUCGGAAUUGCGGGAGCAUUUUACAAAUGGGUACAUUUCAGAGGGCACCUUUCUGAAGAGUGAUUGGCUGCCACUUUCUUCAUUUCCUGAGCUUUUGGCAAAUAUGCCCCUCCAUAGUCAUGAUAAUACUACUGCAGCUGAAGAUAGUGCGGAUGAUUUCGCAAAAUGGCAAAAAGAGAUCAAUGAGGUAGAGGCAGAAACAAAGGCUUUGAAUCAUGAAAGUGAAACUGGCAGCCACGGUGAUAUUGGGGAAAUACAGAGAGGAAUAGAAACCAGCCUCGAAGAUAGGCCAGUGACUCCGCCAGACGGAGAGGAAGAGUUUACUGAUGAUGAUGGGACUAUUUACAAAUGGGAUCAUAGUCUAAGAGCAUGGGUUCCUCAAGAUAAUUUCACUGCAACGGAGGAAUAUGGACCUGAAGAGAUGACUUUCUUACAUGAGGAGGAAGUAUUCCCAACGUUUGGCACUGCAGAUGCUCCUGCUGUUGAAGGGGGUUCUGCUGAGUCUGAGAAAGCAGAAAACAAGUCCGAAGCUGAAAAUAUAACUGAAUCUGAGAACAAAUCAGUUGCUGAAAAGAAGUUUGAAACAGAGAAUAAGUCCGAACCUGGAAAGAACGAUGAUCGAAAGAGAAAAUUGCCUGAUAAUUCCACUCAAAAGAAGGAACCAAAUAAGGCUCCAGAUAGUUGGUUUGACUUAAAGGUUAAUACACAUGUUUAUGUUACGGGUUUACCGGAUGACGUUACGGCUGAGGAAGUUGCUGAAGUUUUUUCCAAGUGUGGAUACAUUAAAGUGGAUCCUGACACCAAAAAACCUCGGGUGAAGAUAUAUAUGGACAGAGAAACUGGAAAAGUUAAAGGGGAUGCACUUGUUACAUACAUGAAGGAACCUUCUGUUGCAUUAGCAACCCAAAUUUUGGAUGGUGUACCUUUGCGUUCUGAUGGGAAGAUCCCUAUGUCAGUAACACAGGCCAAGUUUGAACAAAAAGGAGAGAAAUUUAUUACAAAACAAAUCGAUAAGAACAAAAAAAAGAAACUCAAGAAGGUUGAAGAGAAGAUGCUUGGGUGGGGUGGCCGUGAUGAUGCAAAACUCUUGAUCCCUGCUACUGUUAUCCUAUGGAAUAUGUUCACUCCUGCUGAUGACGAGACUCUUCUUCAAGAGCUUGAAGCAGAUGUCCGAGAAGAAUGUGUAAAUCUUGGUCCUGUCGACUCCGUUAAGGUCUGUGAGAAUCAUCCACAAGGUGUUAUCUUGGUCAGAUUCAAGGAUCGGAACAACGCCGUAAGAUGCAUCGAGCUAAUGAAUGGAAGAUGGUUUGGAGGAAAGCAAAUCCGUGCGAGCGAAGACGAUGGUACGGUUAAUCAUUCUCGUAUUCGUGAUUACGAUGCUGAUGCUGAGAGAUUGGAGAAAUUUGUUUCAGAACUUGAGGCUGCUGAUGAAUGAAUAUUGUCAAACUGAUUCAAUGAAGGUUAAUGUUAUCAUUUCAUACAAUUUCUCUCAUAAGAUAGAUUGAAGAUCUUAGCUUAACUAGCUGGUAGGGUUAGAAGAGUCUUUUUGCAGCGCAGGGAGAAGGCAACAUAUAACUUAAGAAGCAAUUGGAGCCUUUGCUACUUAUUUUAGGUGUUUCAUUGCUGUAAAGUUUAAUGAGAUUAUUGUUUUUUAAGUUGAUGUGUGUAUGUUAAUGUU